AUGAGUUCCGAUAUCGAGAAGGACACGGCUGGUAGAACCACGACCCAUGAGAGCUCCCUCAAGGGCAUGUCUGUCGAAGAGCGAGAAGUCGCAGAGGCAGCAGCUCGCUAUGGAUACGGUCCUCUAGCCAACGGAAACACCAGCGUAGCUGCGUUUGGGAAAUUCCAGCCGUCGCCAGCACCAGCGCCAGCAGCAGCAGCACCCAGCAAGUCCUUCGCAAACCCUGGGCCCUUGGGACUGUCUGCUUUCGCCCUCACCACUAUGGUGCUUAGUCUGAUCAACAUGCAAGCUCGCGGCGUCACCGCGCCUCAUCUUGUCGUUGCUUCAGCUUUUGGGUACGGUGGAUUGGUACAGCUUCUCGCUGGCAUGUGGGAAAUGGCCGUUGGAAACACCUUUGGAGCCACUGCUCUCUCCUCGUACGGUGGAUUCUGGAUCUCGUACGGCAUUAUCUUCACUCCUGGUGGCUUCAAUAUCAUUGAAAAUAUCAAGGAAGCGAACGGUAUAACCGGUGUAAACAACGUAACCGGCUUCUGGCUCAUGUCCUGGUGGAUUUUCACCACUCUCUGCCUUGUCUGCACCUUCAAGACCAACAUCGCCUUCGUCCUCCUUUUCUUCACUCUCGACCUCGCGUUUUUGUUCCUUGGAGUUGGUCACCUUAUCGAAUCUGCCCCUGGGAAGAUCUACAUACCUCUCAUCAAGACCGGCGGCUUCUUUGGUAUCCUGGCUGCUCUACUCGCCUGGUACUGUGCCCUCUCUGGAAUGGCAGACCCAAACAACAGCUUCAUCAAGUUCCCGCUUGGACGUCUGCCAUGGAUGGGCAACCAGCGAGUCAAGACUGAGCGCGAGGUGGUUUAA